ACGCAAUUUAGAGACGAUCCAGUCUCUAGGUUGCUGACAAGGUAGUAUCGGGACGUAUUAGCGGGUUCGCGAAUGCAGCUUAGACUCCGGGAGCGCAUUCGCGACUAGCGGGGAUCCCCCGAUGUCUCGAUUGAGAUGUCUCGACUGCACUGGCGGAAGCGCAGGGGAUCGCGGGAUCCCCGCUCCAGUCGAUACAUCUCAAUCGUGAGAUCUCAAUUGUGCGCGAUCUGUCGAGGUUCGUCCAGCUCUUGUGGUAAUGAGAUUCCAACUGGGAGAUACUAUUGCGAGAUCUAUCGCGCUCAUCCAGCUGUCAACCGUAUUUCUUAGAUUCGGCUGUGGUCUUUUGAGUCGACUCAAAUGCCUCCGUCUGCAUUUUCGUAGUGAAAGCGAUUUGCGGCUGCGGAUAGCAGCGCGAUGCCCUUCUGGUUUUUUACCGAAGAAUUCGCCGUUGUUUCACGCCAGAGGCUGCUGCUUAUAACGAAGCAGAGUCACGGGGUCUCGUGAGUUCUCGUUACGAUCACAAUGACCCUGGGCCGGGAGGGUGGCGUGGCAAGGGCCCUGCGAAUAAUCGUAUCUCGCAUGCCGGCCUUCGUUUUAAUACUUUUCGUUACCGUGACGUCUAUACGAUGCGAAGAACCGCGUAUAAGCACCUCCCUUUCGCAGUCACAGUCCGGCAUAGUAACGAGGGAACCCAGCUCAGAGGCAUCAGGAUCCACGCCUGGUACGCCAGAAUCCACGUCAGGAACAUCGGGAUCCACGUCAGGAACAUCGGGAUCUGGUAAAGGAAGAGCUGCAGCCGCCGUUCUUAAAGCCGCAGCUGCAGCAGCAGCAGCAGCAGGUAGGGAAAGGCAGAGGGGGGGAGCAGCAGGUCUCAAUCCGAGCACCAGCAGCAGCAGAGGCAGCAGCAGCAGCAGCAGCAGCGGUAGUAGGAUGGACGGACCAGAUGGCACGGAAUACAGCGAGACAAGAGGGGGGGACUUAGCGGCCGUUGAUAACGAUGACCUUAGCGGUAAAGACGGUGCUUCCGCCUCCUCUCCCUCCUCUCCCUCCUCUCCCUCCUCUCCCUCCUCUCCUCCUCUCCUCUCUCUCCUCUCCCAACACCAGCAGCACCUGCAGCAGUGGCAGCAGCACUUAGACCGGGCCGUUUUCACCCCGCUCACUGACCCCACCCACCCGCUUGCGCUGCUAAGUAAAACGCUUAAGGAUUCCCCUAAGAUCCCGCUGCUGGUAGCUGUGGAUGGGCCGGUUCCGGAAGCCCUGGGGGGAGGCGCUGAGGAGGAAGAACGGAAAAGGAUGUUCAGUCGACUAAAGGGGGCGGGAAUGAGUGAGAGGGAAGUGGUACCGUUGCAGGAGCCGGAGCACCAGAACCACCAUAACCAGCAGCAGCAGCAGCAGCAACGGCUGCAGCAGCAGCAGCAGCAGCAGCAGCGCCGGCGGGUAUUGGUGGAGGAGGGGCUGUGGAGAGAGAGGGUGAAGGAGAGAGCUGUGCUAUGCCUGGCGAGGUUGCAGCAGCACGAAGCACUGCAGGAGAGACUUGCUCAAGCGCAUCAGCAGUACCUCCAAUCCCACCUCCCCCACAUAUCCCUUCCCCGCUCCCCCCCCUCCUCCUCCGCCUCUGCCGCCUCUACCUCUCCUAUUUCCUCCACUCCCGCCCAAGAGUCCCUUUCCGCACACCCCUUGAAAGCUUUGAUAUCCUCGUUACAAGACGACCUGAAGGUCUUACAGCAGCAGCUAGAGGAACAGUGCGGGAUAAAUAGAAGAGAUUUAAGGCUAAGGAUGGAGGAGAGGGCCAAGCUAGUGAGGGAGUAUGUAUCUAAAAAGGCAGGGGGGGGGGGGGAAGGAGUGGGAAGGGGGAAAGGAGGCGGGGGAGGAGGAGAAGGAGGUGGAGGGGAAGGAGGAGUGGGGAAGGAAGGGAGGCAAGAGGAGGAAAGGACAGAGGGAACGAAGGAGGGCUCAAAAGAGGGUUACAAGGAGCGGGCAGCUGAAGGAAACCCGUGGUGGUGCAGAGGGGUGGAGAGAGGCAGGGCAGCUCGCACCUGCAUGGGACUGAAAGCCCCUUCUCCCCUCGCAUGGCUCUCCCCCCACCUCUUCCCCUCCUCCCCCCCUGCUGUAUCCUUCCUUCUGCAGUAUUUCCGCCAGCCAGAUAUGAUAGCCAACCUCCUCUCCCGCCCCUAUAACUGUACCUGGGAUCAGGUCAGCAGGGGGGAGGCGAGGGGGAGGAGACGGGGGGAGGCUGGGGGAUUAAGGGGGGGGGGCGGGACGAUGAGGGUGGUUGAGAUGCUAGUGCAUGCAGAUAGUCCUGAUGAGUGGAAGGAGUGGAGGGAGCACUGGUGUGGGAGGAAGGCGCUAACUAACCCCGAUGACCCUGCUGCUCCUGCCGGUGCUGCUGGUGCUCUUCCUGCUGCCAGCACAAAAGGAAACAGCAGCAGCAGCAGCAGCAGCAGCAGCAAGUGUCCUGGCAACCCAUACUUCCAUCUCCAAGUAACCUUCGACCAUAACGCCCAUGAGAUUCGGGGCUUCAACACACACGCCAAGACAGCCCGCGGUAACGUGGUAACCCUGUUACAGGACGAUGACCUGCUCCCCUGGGACUGUAGCUGGCUAUGGGGCAUAAUACAUGAGAUGGAAACAAGACCACUAGUUGCUGCUGUGGGCUACAGGACAGGGAAAGUCGACGUGGAUGGGAGUAAUUGGGGUUCGGCCCUAACCUGGUACAGGUUCGGUGGGUGGCUAUGGUCCCACCCGUCCUACGACCCCCGAACCAACUUACGGGGUUUUUUCGCGGGGGUGGUGGAUUUUGCACCGUUUUUCAUGCGACGAGACGUGUUUCUCGCCCUUGGAGGUCUGGACGAGGGGCUAUCGGCGCGGGGAGAAUGCGGAAUUAUCACCGACUGGCAUUUCACUUAUCGCAUCUGGUUUGCUGGUUUCCAGGUUAUGCACGCAGCGUGGAAUCCCCCGGAGGCUGGGAUUGCAAGGGGGGUGGAAGGGGGAACGCAUGCGGGUGUGAGACUGAGCCUACGGCACAUGCACUUUUUGAUCAAUGAGCAGCAGAUGAGAAGGCAUCAGAUUGAAAGGCUGAAUGGGUGGCAACAGAGGGAGGUGAAGAGGGCGAAUGUGAUGCUCCGGACGCUGGACGUGUGGGCGUGAGUGUGGAGGGAGGAUGGAGGAGGGAUGAGGGAGGAGGGAUGAGGGAGGAGGGACGAGGGAGGAGGAAUGAGGGAGGGAAGAGAGAGGUUACAGCAAUGCAUGUACGAUAGCAUGAUAUUCUUUUGUUGAGCCAUUCGAAUUUGUUUCUGCCACAUGUAUGGAUGGGAGUGCAUGUUUCAUGUUCCUUGUGGGGUUCCUUGAAUUACUGGACAUCAUUAACAUCGUACACCAAUCUAGUAGUGGACGUUGCUGCCCUAUGUGUAGACCAACGUUUUGUAAUGUAUUCA